AUAAAACCAAAUACGGUUUAUAUAAAGGUUAAACGAUUUAAAUACGGAUAAAGUCAACCGUGCUGUCACAGAUAGACGCUCUCAAUUGGGCUAGUAUUAUAGUCGCAUGCGAAUGACGUAUUUAGGUGCGCUUUGUUUGGGAUUGCGAGCCCGCGGCAUUUAAGCCAAGCAGUUCAAACCGAAGAAAAGGCGAAUGUUCAAACUCUGCGAAUGUGUCAGACCCCGACCACAAUUCUGGAAACAGCGGCGAGGAGCCCUGAAAAAGAGGAGAACCCUUCCUGUCAGUUUCUUUGCACUCCUGAGAUGUCAGCUGACCUGAAGUGGUAAAAAGCCAACUUACAAGAGCAGUGCAAACACUGAGAAGAAGAAGAAGCAAAAAAAAUGGGGAAGUUGAACAUGGUCUCUCUUAAAGUAGACCUCAUGGAGCGAAGAAUUUCCCACAUUAAGGAAGAGGACUGUGAGUGGCUGCCUGUUCCCUUUGCACAAGACAGUGCCUGCAGAAAGUGGGAUGAUGGUCAAGGUGGGACGUGCACUUUUAAGGAGGAAGAAUCCGAGCAGCAGGCUGCUGGCGUUAAAGUGGAGCCUUCAGAUUAUUUUUCUGUUAGCCUUGAAAUGCAAAAACAUAAGCAAGUCCAUGUUUUGAAGGAAGAUACUCCUUUAGAAAAUGAUGCCAGUUCACAAACAUGCCCAGCAUUACAAUCCAAGGUUACUUGGUUGGGGUCCCGAAGGAGGAGAAGAUGUCUAUCCCAGCUGCGUCUGAAGCCAGAGUCACUUGAGUUUGAGGACAAAUUCUCUGCGUGGGAGCAACAGCCUGAAAUAUCAGGUUUACAAGAAAGCACCAGCUUCUACCAAUCAUCAUUUUCUCAGACCUCCCCUCUGCGCACAUCUGAACAGAAACAAUAUGGUGAAAAUAUAAGGAUGUCACCAUCUGGGUCAGAGACAUUGAUACCAGUUGAUUUGCUGUAUCAUUCUUUCCAUGAGAGAAAUUCACCAAACUCUGAAGAUGCCUGUGCUCAUCAGCAGGUGCAAAAUACAAAUCCAUUGGCAUUAUAUAUCUGCCAAGGCUGUGGUAAGAAUUUUAAAAGUAAAUUUGAUUAUAAAGAUCAUCAGCAAGUCCAUAUGGAAGAGAAACUACACUGCUGUUCUGAGUGUAAUAAGCAGCUGUCAUGCAUGAGCAGUCUUCAGAGACACCGUAAAAUUCAUACAGGAGAGAAGCCAUAUUGCUGUUUUGAAUGCGGUAAACGCUUCUCAUGCAUAAGUAGCCUCCAGAGACACCGAAAAAUUCAUACAGGGGAGAAGCCCUAUUGCUGUCCUGAAUGUAACAAACGGUUCUCACAGAUAAACCAUCUGAAGAGGCACAUGCGGGUUCACACUGGAGAAAAGCCCCAUUCCUGUGCUGAAUGUGGCAAGCGGUUCUCAGAGCUCAGCACUCUUCAUACGCACAAGCGAGUUCACACAGGGGAGAAGCCACACAGCUGUCCAGAAUGUGGCAAACGAUUUUCCCAAGUCAAUCAUCUUGAGAGGCACACUAGAGUUCAUUCUGGAGAGAAGCCACAUUGUUGUUCUGAAUGUGGUAAGCGAUUCUCACAAACGUAUACUCUUCAUAUACACAAAAGAAUUCACACUGGUGAGAAGCCACAUUGCUGUUGUGAAUGUGGUAAGCGAUUCUCGUUACUUGGCAAUCUUCAAAGACAUAUGAGAAUUCAUACUGGAGAAAAGCCACAUUGUUGUACUGAAUGUGGCAAACGGUUCUCAAUACUUGGCGAUCUUCAUACGCACACACGAGUACAUACUGGAGAGAAACCGCAUUGCUGUUGUGAAUGUGGGAAAUUAUUUUCACUUCUUGGUGACCUUCAAAGACACAUGCGAAUUCACACUGGAGAGAAGCCCCAUAGCUGUCCAGAGUGUGGUAAGCGAUUCUCAAUUCUCAGCAACCUUCAAAGGCAUCGAAGAAUUCACACGGGAGAGAAGCCCUAUUCUUGUUCUGAAUGUGGCAAGCAAUUUUCAUGCUUAAGCAGUCUUCAGCGACAUACAAAAAUUCACACGGGUGAGAAACCAUACUGCUGUUCAGAAUGUGGCAAGCAAUUCUCAACUAUCAGUAAUCUCACAAGGCACACAAAAACUCACACUGGGGAGAGGCCACAUACCUGUGCUGAAUGUGGUAAGCGAUUCUCACAAAUAAGUAGUCUGCAGAGGCACGCAAAAAUUCACAAAGGAGACAAACCACAUAGCUGUUCUGCAUGUGGGAAACGAUUUUUGACUAUCAGCAAUCUUUUAAGGCACACACAAGUCCACACACGGAAGACUAAAAGAAAGGCUGUGCCAAAAAAAAGAAAAACACCUUGACUAACAAAUGAGGUCAUGCCAUUGUACAAGAUAUUAUCCCUAGAGACAAAAAAAAAAAAAUCUUGUUUGAGAUUCAAAUAACCCUGAACUGGUUAAGAUGGAUGAAUGGACAGUUGUUGGAAGGUGCCAUUGCAACGCUCAUCAAUGCAAAAUUAAUACACCACAAUAAAUGGAUGAUGAAGCAUG